ACUUCCCAGCCGCGCUUUGGGAGAGGCCGCCUCUGUCCUGCAUUCCAGUUCCAGGUGCGCAGUGCUCUAUUCGGCACCCAGACCAGUUCCUGCCGCCCUCCUCGCGGUCUCUGCCUCUCAGCCCCCGAACCCCACGCCCCUGCGCCCCGGCGGAUGUCCUGAGUCGCCACUCGUUCCCUUCGCGCCCCGGGGCCACGGCUGCUCGGGGAAGUCGGGGCGCGCGCGCCGGGUAUGCGCCGUCAGCAUGGGCUCGUGGCUCGGCGAGGUACAGUGGCUCAUCCUGGUGUCCCUCUUCGUCGCGGCCCUGGGCACGGUGGGCCUGUACUUGGCGCAAUGGACGCUGGCCAGGGCGCGACCCCCGCCCCGGCGGCGGGCGGAGCCGGACGAGCGACGGCGCCGGGAGUCAGACACGCUCCUGUCCUGGAUACUGACACUGGAUAGCUGGGAGAGCCAGUGGCAAACGGCCUGGGUGACCGCCCUGAACUACGAGGCCCAAAGGAGAGGGGGCCCACUGCAUCUCUCUUUCCAGCCGAACCCACAGCCCCAGUCCUUGCAGCUGACAGUUAGAGAAGUCUCCAGUGUGGUCAAGUCAAACCAGGAGAAGAUGGUGAUCUGUCAUGUGGUGGGCGAGACCCUUCAGUUCCUGGUCAGUGCAGGGCCUGCCUCCACCACCAGUUCGGAAUGCCAGCUGUAUGACGUCCGGCUUUCCCCAUUUCAUUUAAAGAUAGAAUUCCACAUGGAAGAGAAGAGAGAAGACAUUCAGAUCAGGUGGUCAUUCACCCAUGUACCAGAAACAGCCAUCAAGAUCCAGCCCCAAACCCCAGGGGAGAAGCAGGUGCUUGAGGUAAACAUGCUUUCUGAAGCCCUUGCGGAUCUUCUGAAGUACCUAGUUGGUGUUGCCUCUCCAUCUGUGUUUCUGAGCACCAAGCCUUCGCGGGCAAAAGAAGCUCAGACUCUACAGUGCACUUCCUCCACUGCUCAGGAACCCUGCCCUCCCAAACCUCCAAGGGCUCAUGAACUAAAACUGCAGGUGAAGAAUAUCCGAGUCUCCCUGCUAACCCACCCUGGUGCUUCAGGCAGCAUUAGCCACGUGUGUGUGGCCCAGCUGAAUGAUCCUACACAGCAGUUCAUCAGCACCCUAGUGAGAAACACUACAGACCUCUCUUGGGAGGAGGAAUUGACCUUUGAACUGAACGCCAAAUCUAAGGAGCUGCUCUUGCAGAUCUCAGAGAAUGGAUGCUCUCCAGAAGGUGUGAUGGGGACAGCAACCAUUCACCUAGACUUAUUUAGGAAGCAGCCUAAUGGCCCACAGACCUUCAGACUGGUCAGCGGGACAGAGCCUGACAGCUUGGUGUUAGGUUCAGUCACUGCAGAGUUUUCUUACAUAGAACCUGGUGAGCUGAAGUCCUGGCCCACUCCUGUUUCUGCUGCAAAGAUAGAAGAGGACCGUACGGUGAUGCCAUGUGGGACCGUGGUCACCACUGUCACUGCUGUGAAGACCAAGCCUCGCUUUGACGCUGGGAGGGCAUCCCCUCUGAGCUCAGAGUCCCCCGUGAGGACACCCAUCAAGGUGAAGGUCAUUGAGAAGGACAUCUCUAUCCAGGCUAUUUCGUGCCACAGCGCUCCUGUCAGCAAGACAUUCUCCUCUUCAGACACAGAGCUACUGGUGCUGAACGGCUCAGAUCCUGUGGCUGAAGUUGCCAUCCGGCAGCUCAGUGAAUCCUCAAAGCUGAAGCUGAAGUCCCCACGGAAGAAAAGUACCAUCAUCAUUUCAGGGGUCUCCAAGACCUCACUGUCUCAGGACCACAAUGCUGCCCUCAUGCUGGACUAUGCAGCUUCUAUGGACAGCACCAACCAAGGGGAUGCCCCAUCCUCCCUGUGCCCUCAAGAGGCAGCUGCAGCCUCUUCCACCUCCCCACCUGAAGAGGAGCCAGCCCAGGCCCUACCUGCCCUCAAGCCUAGAGAGGAUGAUCUAGACUCCUGGGACCUGGAGAAGGAACCCCCAGCAGCAGCAUGGAGCGGUCCAGCCUUACAGGAACCAGAUGGGGACGAACUGUCAGAGAGCUCUUUGAGUGCUUCGGAGCUUGGAGCCAUCAAGAAGCAUAAAGGAGGAAUUCUAAGGAAAAGUGCCAAGCUCUUCUUCCGCCGGCGACACCAGCAGAAAGACCCAGGCAUGAGCCAGUCACAUAAUGACUUGGUAUUCCUGCAGCAGCCAGAGGGGAGGCAGAAGAAGGCGGCAACCCUUAGCCGGCUCCUGAACAAGAAGCUGCUUACCAGGCACAGAGGCAAACACAUCGUGAAUGGAGCGACCAGUGAGCCCUGCACAUAGCUCAGGUUACCCCAUCAUCAGAGCUGGAGAAUGGGACCACAAAGACCCCCACCAGAGAGCAGGAGCCAGUCCCAUCGGAUGCGUGCAUUGUCUAGUUUUUUUUUUUUUUUUUUUUUUUUUUUUUUUUUUUUCUCAAUAAUCUUGGUUUUUAAAGGGAAAAAAAUCUGCCUAUUUGUUCAGGACGCUUCCCCGAAGAUGGCUGAUAAUGCCAUCCAGUUUGCCAGCAGAUAUUCAGGGAGAACACCUGGCUCCAGCUGUUACCACGUAAUCCAAGUGUUAAGGUGGACUAUAAGAUAUUUACAUCAGUAAAGCAUGUGUGCUCUGAUGGACUAUUGAUAGUAGGUAGGAUGGAUCCCAGUCCACCUACUUCUUCCUCUCUCCUUCAGGGACUAUUAGGGUUCAUGUCUGGACCAUGGCAUGAGGAAAAGGUGGGCUGUGGGCUGUUGCUAUGAGCAGAAUGGGCCACUUCACAUAUCCUGCUAUUUAGAAUUAAAUAGUGCAUCUGGCCUGGGGGGACAGUGGUAUAGAUAUAGGCAGGAUUUUUGAGCCAUGAAGAAAUUAUAAUAGGAAAAAGAUAAGCUUUGACAAGUAUUAGAAGGUGUUCGCUUUUGAUAUUAGCCAUAGAAGUUAAAAACUUAUGCAAACACUAAAUGUGUCCUAUGCAGAUUAUGCCAGACACUUCCAGAUUUACUUGAGCCUUCUUGCAGGUAGAGGUGUAGAAAUUCAGAUAUGUUUAUUUCUUAUGCUAGGGUUCUGUUUUUUCCCAUGGCAUAGGCAGCACACUAAGCUCAAAUAUGCUGAGGCUGACUAGGGAGCAAUGACUGAUAGCUUGUAGGACAUGAUCACACAUAUAUGGUUCUUGCCAAAUAUAGCCAACAACCAAAACAACGAACUUUUAGGGCAACUGAAGAAAUUAUUCUGUAUCUUGGGUUCCAGUUAGUGUUAGGCAGAGAAGUUUUAUAACAAUGGGCCAAACUUGCAGGAAUUUAUGGGCUCUUCAGAAUUCUACUGUGAACAGGGACUUCUGGUCAUA